AUGGUUCACUGGACAGCUGAAGAGAAGGCCGCCAUUGUCUCUGUAUGGCAGAAGGUCAAUGUUGAACAGGAAGGACCAAACGCCCUGGCCAGGCUCCUGAUUACAUACCCCUGGACCCAGCGGUAUUUCAGCACUUUCGGUAAUCUGUCCAACGCAACUGCAAUUGCCGGAAAUGCCAAAGUACAUGACCAUGGAGUAAAGGUUCUAACAGCUAUUGGUAGCACCAUCAAGCAUUUGGACAAUAUAAAGGAUUCUCUCCACGAGCUCAGUGACAUCCAUGCUUUCAAACUGUAUGUGGAUCCAGAGAAUUUCAAGCGUUUCGCAGAAGUGGUGGUGAUUGUCCUGGCUCUCAAACUGGGAAGUGCAUUCACUCCCAAGGUUCAACAAGCGUGGGAGAAAUUCUUUGUUGUGCUGGUCGAUGGCCUGAGCCAGAGUUACCAUAACUAGGUUGUUGUAUCA